UCCCAGCCACUCUGUGGAUGUGUUUUUAUGCUUUCGUGGGCGUGUGCUUUCUUUAUUCUCCCACGCAGCAUGAGGUCUUUUGGAAAAGGGUGGAGUUAGAGAGGGAUAAUGUGCAGGUGGAGCGCAGACUGGAGAGAAGCAGUUGUUUCAGUAUAAACAGAAGUGGGGCGAGCUCCUGAGACAGGUUGGACUGGUUCUGCGUUGUGCCUCCCUCUUUUCAUAGUCCAAUAAAGGGAGAAGACGUGAACCAGAGAGGGAAGCAGGCUUUCUUUACGUCUCGCCGUUCGGCCCUGAAAGGAGUUUCAACAUGCCUGAGAAUGAGGAGAACGAGGAAUCCUAUAGGAAAUAUGGUGAUCCCAAAAAAUAUGACCCGUCCUUCAAGGGCCCCAUCCAGAACAGGGGCUGCACAGACAUCGUCUGCUGCAUUCUCUUCAUCAUCGCUGUACUGGGCUAUAUUGCAGUGGGAAUCCUAGCCUGGUCCCAAGGUGAUCCAAGGAAGGCGAUCUACCCCACAAAUAGUCGAGGCGAGUUCUGUGGGCAGGCCGGUUCUGAACUAGAGAAGAAGCGGCUGUUGUUCUACUUCAACAUCAUGAAGUGUGCCAGCCCCAUGGUGCUGCUUUCCUUCCAGUGUCCAACCACACAGAUGUGUGUGGAGAAGUGUCCCGACAAGUUCAUGACCUUAGUCAAAGCCUACACCAACAAAAAGGACUUUGAGUACUACAAAACCUUCUGCAAGGACGGUGUGAAAGACGAUAUGGGCACACCAGCAAUUCUGAGAGACGGUCUCUGCCCCCCCAUGCUGAUCCCCAGCAAGUCAUUCACCCGUAGGUGCUUUCCAUCUUUGGGCUUGAAAGGAGGUAUAAUAACUAUAGGAAACAGCACCACGUUUGAUGACGGACUAGGAAAGACUGACAGACCGGCCAAGGAUCUUGUGGACGGCGUAAAGAAUGCCACUGUGGUUAUGGAGGCUCGUCAGGUGGUUAUAAAAAUCUUUGAGGAUUAUACGCAUUCCUGGUAUUGGAUCCUCAUUGGGCUGGUUAUUGCCAUGCUCGUCAGCCUGCUUUUCAUCGUCCUCAUGCGCUUCCUGGCCAGCGUCAUGAUCUGGUUCAUAAUCAUCGCUGUGAUACUUGUAAUAGGAUACGGCAUCUUCCACUGCUACAUGGAGUACGCUGACCUGAAGGGGGAGCCUGGUGCUAAUGUGACACUACAGGAGUUGGGCUUCCAGACCGACUUCUCGGUCUACCUGCAAGUCAGACAAACAUGGCUGGCCUUCAUGAUUAUCCUGGCCAUUGUGGAGGUCAUCAUCAUCCUGCUGCUCAUCUUCUUGAGGAAGAGGAUCCUCAUUGCCAUUGCUCUCAUCAAAGAGGCCAGCAGAGCCAUUCGCCACAUAAUGUGUUCCCUGUUUUAUCCACUGUUCACUUUCCUCCUCCUGGCAAUAGUCAUCGCUUACUGGGCAGUAACUGCUGUUUUCUUGUCCACCUCCAAUGAGCCCAUCUACAAAGUGAUGAACGAGUCGGCGUGUCCGCACUCUGCAGAAACCUGUGAUCCAGCCAACUAUUCAACGAAUCAGAUGAAGAAGGACUGCCCUGAUUCGGAGUGCCUGUUUGCCUUCUACGGGGGAGAAACGGUUUACCACAAAUACCUGAUCGGCCUGCAGUUCUACAACGUCUUCCUCUUCUUCUGGUGUGCCAACUUUGUCACCGCCCUGGGACAGAUGACGUUAGCUGGGGCCUUCGCCUCCUACUACUGGGCCGCCGUCAAGCCAGAUCACAUCCCCUCCUUCCCAGUGUUUUCCUCUAUGGGCCGAUCUCUACGGUAUCACACAGGGUCUCUGGCAUUUGGUUCUCUCAUCCUAUCAAUCAUUCAGAUUAUCCGGGUUUUGCUGGAGUAUUUGGAGCACAGGCUGAAAGGAGCCAAAAACAAAUGUGCAACGUUCAUGUUUAAAUGCCUGAAGUGCUGCUUCUGGUGCCUGGAGAAGUUCAUCAAGUUCCUGAACAGAAACGCCUAUAUUAUGGUGGCGAUCUACGGUAAGAACUUUUGUGCCUCUGCCAGCGCAGCCUUCAGUCUCAUCAUGAGAAACGUGAUCAGGGUCGCUGUUGUGGAUAAGGUGACAGAUUUCCUCUUGUUUUUGGGAAAACUGCUCAUUGUCGGGAUCGUGGGGGUCUUUGCCUUCUUUUUCUUCUCUGGAAGAGUGAAAGCCUUUGAGGAUACAGCUCCCAACCUGCACUAUUACUGGGUGCCCAUCCUGACCGUGGCGAUCGGCUCGUAUCUCAUUGCCCACGGGUUCUUCAGCGUCUACGCCAUGUGUGUGGACACGCUGUUCCUCUGUUUCUGUGAGGACCUGGAACGAAACGACGGUUCAGCUGAGAGGCCUUAUUACAUGUCGUCGACUCUCCGCGAGAUUCUGUGGAAGGACAAGACGGAGGAUCCGCAGCAGCAGGACGAACACGGCGAGCUGAAAAAGCCCCCGGCUGACGAGAAGGACGAAGCUUAGAGACGAUGGCUUUUCGCCGAGUUAGAAGCACAACAAAAACCCAGAUACUGUGUGGUAAUCCUCAUUUGUGAGGAGCUAUAACUGAUGCACAGUAGGACACGCCUCGCCUUAUAUGCAACCCUUUUGCAUAGCCAUCCACAUGUACAUGCUGCCUUUUCAUUGUCGACGUUGGAAAGUUUGAAAUGAUGGUUGCCUUAGAGUCCAGACGCCUACUUUACCACUACAGACACAUUAAACUGUCCGCUCCUCCAUACGCCACAGAAGUAAAACACCUAAAAGAAAAGUGCUGACGGAUCAAGAUAAUUGUCCAGCCUGAGGUGAUGGCUGCUUGUUUCGGCCCCUCGUGGUGCCCCCCCACAGUAGGGACACAUCGUCACAUCUGGGAGACAAAAAUGGGAAACUGGGGUGUAGGGACAAGAUUAGAUGACUGCUGGAAUAAAAGACGUGUUUUGUAGUAAGGCAGUAUGACAUGCGUUGGAAUAAAUCAUUUGAUUUUCUAAAACUUACCAGGAUUGAUCAGCCCACUACACUAGUACAAGGAAAUAUUUAAUCCAGAACAAUGGUGAUGCCAUUAUAUUUUGUCAGAAAGUGGCUUUAUUUCCACCCCCCUAAACACUUUAUUUCACAGUUUAGCCCGAAAUGAUUCAUACCCCUGGUACAUUUAGCUUUUCAGCAUUGUUUCUUCUGACUGGUGGUACUACUGGCGUUUUGAAGCAGCCCAGGCACAAUCCCGACCUGAUUCUGAUGCUCGAGGAGGAAGGUGAAGAUUAGGGUGAUGGCAAGGAGGCCUUCCAGCCUCCGUGACUUGGUGCUCAUCACCAAAGAUAAAUCCUCAAAAUACCAGUAGACAUGAAAGAAAGCUGCUCAGCAGUUAUGAGGAUUGUUUGAUUGCUCUAAUCUAUUGUUUGAUUGCUCUAAUCUAUUGUUCCACUGAUGACUGAAGUUUCAACAAGCCUUUUUUUUUAAAUAAAUUGCAAGUAAAAAAAUGUUUUUUUUUCCUACCAUUGAAGGAUAAAAUUGUUUUUUGCGGGAUGAAAAUAAUUUCAGAAUUUGCCAGGGGUGUGACUCAUUUUUAUCUUAACUGUAACUUAGGAACGAUUCGGCAUCGUUUACAAGCCAUCUGAAGAUCAAACCUACUCAGUAGUGCUCCACCCUCAAGAGUCAGCAUUUGGGUUUAGAUUCUUAAUCCCUGUUGAUAGAUUGGGGCUGCAGCAUUUUGGGGAGAGCACUUUAAAAUGUCUGUGAAGAGAAUGAUUAGUUACCUGAUGGGAUUCUGAUCUGAAUCAUUUGUUUUCACGGUUUUCUUCUGGUUUAGGGGUGUGUGGGGCUGUCUGUUCAGGUAAACCUGCGGAGGAUGACCUGUUGCUUAAUUCUAAAGGCGACUGGCUGCCAUUUUGACCCUGUUGCCUUUCUCAGUGGUUUCUCCUGCUGCCAGCAGUCGUAGGAAAGUUGACGGCCUCGUUGUGCCUCUUUAAUCGUGUUUCUCUUAUUUGACCUCUAACUGUAAAAUGUUUGGUAGCUUUAAAACUGACGUCCAAACCACUCUGUCAACAAUCCUGUUAUCAUCGAUAAAGCACUUUAUUUUCACGCUAAGCCAGAUCGGUUUAACUCUGGAUCGGUGAACAUUACCAGCACCUAGAUGAGUUUUUGCUUCAUUUUCUGUACUGUAGAUAUUUUGUAGCUCUUUAAAACAUAAAACGCUGGCGGUAAAGUUUCAUUGUCAGUAUUAACGGUUUACUGUGAUGAAGGAAUGGAAUCCCACGAAGAUGGCAUGAAUCUGUCUGAACUAAUAAAGCUGGAUGCCUUUUUUUUUUUUGCACCCCCAAUUAAACUAAACUGUGUUUGUCUCUAAAACUUUCCUCCACCUCCAGAUUGUCAAACUUAGUGCUUGGUUGAAAUGUUUCUGCAGCUGAAGUUGUGUUUAACUGAAUAUUUUUCAGUGGAGGACCUGGAAAUGAACGACGGCAGCGCUGAGAGGCCAUACCUGAUGCCAGAGAGCCUCCUUAAAAUCCUGAAUAAGAAGAACAAGACCAAGAAGGCUGAGUA